AUGACGCUCCUCAACCGGAUUUUUUCGCUCAUAUCAGGUUUCCAAAUCGCCCCUGCUUCCUUCGGAUACAUUAUCGCCCCUCCGGAACUUCCCUGCGCUAGCCUCGAUGUGAAGUCUGAAAUUAAGCGUUUCCUGCAGAGCGUGUCCUAUGAGACCCCCUCUGUUAAAUUUGACAAAGAUGGUCUCAAGGAGGCAGUCUUGAAAGAGAUCGCAACAUGGAAUGCCAACGACGGGCACCACGGCAAGCUCUAUGAUAGAAUUGCUGAUCAAGCGGCUGCACUCGUAGAGUAUUCCUACUUCCACCAUGGGUUUGAUGCCAAAGUGCAGUUUGCUCUCUACUCGUGGUUUAUGAUCUUUAUCGACGACCUUUCAAAACGGAUGCCCAAUGCAAUAACCGAAUUCCAGCACCGUAUCCUCCUUCACAAACCUCAACUUGACCCCGCUCUCGAACAGUUUCCCAGAAUACUCGGCAAUCUAUACCUGCACUGGGACCCCAUCUGCGCUAACUCGAUGGUGUGUGCUGCGUUAGAGUUCAUUAGUGGAACAGUUAUGGAAGACAAGAAGGAGAUUGAAACAAUGCUGCCUCAUCCCUACGCCGAAAAUUGGCCGAAAUUCCUUCGCUCAAAGACAGGUAUUGCGCCUGCCUACUCCUAUGCUGUGUUCCCUCGGACCGCCCAUCCCGACAUGUCGGUUUAUGUUCAGGUUCUGCCCGAUAUGGAGGACUUCAUUAACCUUGGCAAUGACAUUCUCUCGUUCUACAAAGAGGACCUCGCCGGCGACGAAAUGACCUACGUUUCGUUCAGAGCCAAAAUCACCGGAAAACGUCCGCUUCGUGUUCUUUCUGAAAUGGUCGACGAGAUCACGCGCUCUCAUGAACGUAUCUUAAAGGUCCUUUCAGACUAUCCAGAAGCCUUGAAAUGGUGGCUCACCUUUGAAAGAGGCUACAUCGGAUGGCAUUUGUCUUUGAAGCGAUAUAGGUUGUCCGAAAUUGGUCUACAGAUGUAA